CCGGAGAUACGGGAGGCCCAGCUUCUUACAAAAACCCACCUCAGCCCGGCCCACGUACAUUGUUCAAGUCACCGGAAUGCUGGUGCCUCCAGCAUCAAGCAGCUGGAAUGAGUGGCAUUCGAAGAAUCCAAUCGAGUCCAGGGUGCCCCUUUUUUUUUUAUCUCUCGAGUCCAGGAUUUCCCUGACAGCUCGCCAAUUCGGCCAACUCAGACCUGCGGAUACCACAUACGUGUACUUUCUCAGGCAAAAAUAUUUAAAUCCGUCUGCCUCGCUCAACCGGCAUCAUUCGUACCAAGGACUCUUUUCGCCACGAGGAUAAACGGCCCCUCGCAGCCCUGGAUUGCCCCUCCACCAUCUCGAAGUCAAUGGUUCCGGUGGCACAAGCGACGCGUGUGCGCCAAAAUAGAAACAAAAAGUUCUUGGCGCGGGCAACUCGUGGUUCUAUCCAAGGACUUGCAGAAGACCCUAAGCCGCAGGCAUCGGCAAAACCCAUCGCGAAGUCCCUGAGGUUGGAGAGCACCAGUCGGCUGACCUUCGUGGUGCUCGCGGGUUUACGCUGGGAGACGCGCGCGCGCAAUUCAUCCCAUGCCGACGUAGUGAGGAAGGGAAAUUUCCACCGCAACAUGCACCCAUGUGUGACCGCAGCGGUUCGUCCAAAAUUAUGUAGCAUGCCUCCGUCUGAAAGACCAGUCAGGCACCAUUGGAUUUUACCCCUCCCAGGCUAUUUUAUACCGUCGGGAACUGGAAUUUUGGGCUGUUUGAUUCGCAGAACCCUUGCUGGGCCGUUUAUUUUGCUUUUGUUGGGCCCCAUCUGGAAUAUCGCGGCUCUACAAUCCUCUGGUGACCAUAGAGUACUGCUUAAUGAAAUUGUCUAGCACGCGGCUUUGCGUUG